GGUAAGAGGACACUCACUCACUGGCAGCAAGGGGAACUGAUCUGUGGAGUCGUUGCUCGGUCGCUUAAUCCGCAACCGGUUGAAUGAGCUAUGGCUAACCGGCCAGUUACGGUUUAAGGAAUACGGAACUGUGUGGAUUAGGGUUUGAAUGACACUUUAAAGUGCUUCCAUACUGUGCCUCGGUGGGCUUCAACGUUAGAGUUAGUGUAGUGCAAUUCCUGUGGCUUCAUCCAGCAGCCGGUGGUGUGACAGGGCUCAUGUCUGCUGUGUCAGGGAUGACUGUGGAGCACACGGCAUGGAAAGGAACAUCGGAGACCAGCUCAAUAAAGCUUUUGAAGCUUAUCGCCAGGUCUCCAUCGAAAAGGACAAUGCUAAAAAGGAGCUGCAACAAAUGAGUGAAUUUUAUGAGCGAUACACUCAAAAACUUCAAAAGCAGAUAGAGGACCAGCAGCAGUUGAUUUCAAAACUUGAAGCUAAGUUAUCAGCAACAAGGCAACCAUCAGGAGAAAUGAAAUGUGAGCCUGCCAAUCAUCUCCUUGAUGGGGCCAGUGCUUUUAAGAAAAUACAGUACCCGGAGAACCUGGUCACUGCUGCUGUGGCUCCUAAUAAGCAAGUCAGCGUUGACUAUCAGAACAUGCUGGAUGCAUUUGAAGCAAUUGAAGGGAAAUUCCGGCAGAUUCGCUCUCUUACCAGAAGACAAAAAGAUCACCUAAAAAGAUUCCAUGGAGGAAUCGAUGCAUCAAACGAUCAGCGGUUCUCCAUGCCCAUCCAGUGCACAGACCGUACAGCAGAGGCAGAGACACCCUUUUCCUCAGCGCAAAGGUCAGCAGUGGAUAUCCCGCUCCCGCCUACGUCUCUGGCGUCCCGUGGCGCUAGCCCUGAGGACAGGGACUUAGUAGACUCUCUCACCAAACUCAGUGUCAAAUUCCCGCCCUCCGCGGACAGUGAAUAUGACUUCCUGAACAGUACUCCAGAGAGACACAUUGGUCUGACCAUGCCCACGAAGCGGCCUCUCAGUAGUGUCCCCUCCACAUUAACAGAAGAGGAGCCCGUUGAACCCAUGCCUUUUUUCUACCCUUCAUCCCCCUCCCACUCAACAUCAUCUUCGCUCUCCCAGGAGUGCGUACGGGGACCCCAGCAGCCUCUCUGGAGCCCUGAGCUGUGUGAUGCAGUUGAUGUGGGGACAGAGCUAGCGACGCCUCAGAGCAGCAGUCCCGAUAAAUGUGCUUUCUGCCAUGCUGUGGUUCCUCAGGACCGAAUGAACAGCCACCUCUACUCGCAUUUCUCUCCUAAGAAUGAAGCCAACAAUUGACAGUGAAAGACUGACAGGCCCCUGGUCACAACUACUCCAAGACUUACUGUAUUCAUGGUCUAGUCCUGCCUGCCAUGAAGAACAUGCGCUGUAAAGGAUUUGAAAUUACACUGCAAUAAGACUUGAAUCCCUUUAUUUAAUAGUGAAGAAUUCAAUGGUACACUUUCUUGGUCAUUAUAUUUUUCUAAUAUCACUCUGAGAUUUUUCUCUAGUACUAAGUGACGAUGAUGCAUAAUAUGGUAUAUAUGAGCAAAUAAAGCAGACAUUUACUCUUUA